GUACCCAUGCCUAUCCUGGCAACCUGGUUCGCGCCACCGUCGUUCAUCGCUGAACUGCCACUGAUACCUACGCCUCCCGGGGGGUCUCUCUGCUAGUCCCGCACCAGAAUGUGAUAUGUGCCAUGUUCUGCACUGUACCGGUCUACCGGCCUGUUUGGUUUCUUUUGCUGCUUGCUACUUUUCUGCUGGCGGCCUUCCGCCGGUUGCUCGCCGAUUUGAUUAUUAUCAGAUGGCACUGCCAUAUUUUCUUCUUGCACUAGUAACCAGAACAGGGACUUGGAACACCCGCUCCCGCCUUGAGCGAAGUCUCCCUCGCUGUGCCUACCUGGUCCUUGCCGGUCUCGACGGCCCAGCUAGCGAGUGCUUUGUCCUUGUCGUGCGAUUUCAAAGGAAUCUGCCAAACUAUAAGUAUCGACGGUUGCCGCCUGGAGUUCUCUCGCCUUGUCCAGAUCGCCAUCAUCGGACAUUUUACAGGUUCAAAGGAACAUCAGGUUGACGCAACCAAACUUCAACCUCCAUCAACAACACAUCGACUUCGAGUCCAACCCCAACCGACCAAACCCCCACCACACCUCUGCGAAUCCGAAUCCAGAUCCCACGAACCAGAACCACACUUGACCAACCAAGUUCGCCAUCACAUCUCGCCAACAUGGUCUACUCAAACCACUGCCAGGUCGACAAGA